AGGGACAGCGGCCGGAGCCUGGAAUCCGCGAGUAUUUUUAUUACGUAGAUCACCAAGGACAGCUACCUUCUGAGCAAGGAACUCUUGCUGCUUAUGGAGUACAUGGAUGGAGGCAUCCUGAGCGAUGUCAUCAGCCAGACCUGCCUGUCUGAAGAUGAGACAGCAGCCAUCAGUCGGGAGUGCCUGCAAGGACUGGAUUUUCUUCAUUCAAACGAUGUGAUCCAUCAAGAUGUGAAGAGCAGCAACAUUUUUCUCAGAACUGAUGGUUCUGUCAAGCUGGCUGAUUUUGGCCUCCCUACUCAGCUCACUCCUGAGCAGAGCAGACGGUGCUCACUAACCGGGACUCCUUGGUGGAUGGCGCCUGAAGUGGUGACAGCAUCUGCUCUAGUUUUGGUUGCAUCGGAUUUCCCAUUCCCAAACCUUUGCCAGAUGGAAGAGGAGGCUGAGAGGAAGAUGAGGAUGCCCCAGAACACCCAGGCAGACAAGAAGCUGAGGAUGGAGACCAGAGAGGAAAAAUCCCCGUGGAAGAACCUGGAGGAAGAGGCUGUUUUGAGUGGCUGCACGGGAAAGGAAUCAAACAGAGAGGAAAAUCCCCAGAGAUCCCACAGGAGGAGGGGCUGCAAACCCAGACAAGGGUGCUCUGUGGAGGAAAGACCCACCCUGAGCCAGGAAGGUGGGCAGAGCUUCAGCCAGAGCUCAGAGCUGGUGGUCCAUGAGCAGCUUCAUGAUGGAGUGAAGCCCCACAAGUGCUUGGAGUGUGGGAAGAGCUUCAGGCAGAGCAGCACCCUGAUCCGUCACCAGAUGAUCCACACUGGGGAAUGGACCUAUGAGUGUGGGGAAUGUGGGAAGGGCUUCAGCUGCAGCUCCCAGCUCAUCAACCAUCAACAAAUCCACACUGGUGAAAGGCUCUACGAGUUUCCCGAGUAUCAGAAGAGGUUUCAGAGCAGCUCCCAUCUCCUCCGCCACCAGCGAAUUCACACAGAGGAGAGAGCCUUCCGCUGCCCUGAGUGCGGGAAGGGCUUCCAGAAAAAAUCCACCCUCAUCACCCACCGGCACAACCAUACUGGGGAGAGGCCCUGUGAGUGUCCCACCUGUGGGAAGAGGUUCCAGACCAGCCCAAAUCUCUGCCUGAAUGAGCGGAGUUACACUGGGGAGAGGCCCUUCCGCUGCCCCGACUGUGGGAAGGGCUUCAAGAAAAAAUCCACCUUUAUCAUCCACCGGCACAUCCAUACUGGGGAGAGGCCCUAUGAGUCCCCCACAUCAUGGGAAGAGCUUCUCCAUGAGCUCAGACUUGACCAGACACCAAUGGAGUCACCAGUAAGGGAAGUUCUGUGAGUGCCCCAUCUGCAGGAAGAGCUUCAUGCCCAGCUCCAGCUUCUUUCCCCAUUGGAAGUCACAUGUUGGGAAGAGUGAUCCAUUUUUCCUGUGAUCCAUGCUGGGAAAACAGUUGUCCCUUUUCCUGCCCCUCCCAAUGGCAUGAUGUGUCAUUUAAAAACAUGAGGGUCUGCCCAUGCCCGUGUCAUUACAUUCACUACCACCUCAGGUCACUGCCAGGGGCAGGAAAGGGACUGUCUCUCUCUCUCUCUCUCUCCCCUGAGGAGAAGGGUGUCCUUUCCAGGCAGGGGAAAUUGUGGCCAGGCAGACCCAGUGAGUUGUGUUGUAGUUUUCCCUGUCAAAGUUUUAUUUAUCCCUUCUGUAAUCAAUAUUGUUUCUGUUCCAUUUGUUU